AUGAACAAAAGUACUGACAAUACCCCCAUGUCUUUAAAUACUGGAAAAGAUAGCCUCGAUUCCAACAAGCAAGAGACAACUUCGCAUAUACUAUUUGAGGGAAAGUUUCUUGAUCAAAUGGCUGUUGAAGAUGGUGAUGUCAAUGAUGAUGCUAAUGAUGAUGUCAAUGAUGAAGCUAAUGGUGAUGUCAAUGAUGAUGCUAAUGAUGAUGUCAAUGAUGAUGCUAAUGGUGAUAGAUACGAAAACGGUGAACUAUUAACUAGAAACCCUUUUUAUUUCUUUGAAGGAAAAGAUUCUCUGUUACUUAUUCCUGCCCUAAUUGCAAACGCUGCCUGCGCAGUAACAGAUAUUGGUUCAACAAUAUUGAUUAAUAAACUAUUCACCUAUUUGACCAACUUCCAAUUGGGUAAAUACUCUUCUCCUGUUGACUUUGUUGGUGAUAUAACCCUACCGAGUUUUGGUAUUCUCCUCAUCUCUUUGGGAUCAACGAUUACAGGCUGGAUUGAAACCAGCCUAUUCACAUAUCUGGGUGAACGACAACAGGUGAGAUGUAGGAAAAGACUUUAUGAGUCAUUACUAUAUCGUGAUUUGAAAUGGUUUGAAAAUAAUAAAAACUUAGAUGGUGACUUGAUUCAGUUGAACAGAUCAAUUGAAGAGUUUAGAAGUUCAAUAAGUGAAUAUUUAUCGAUUUUAUUCAAAACCUUAUUCUCGAUUAUUUCCCUGCUUGCUAUAAGUCUCUAUUAUUCAUGGAGAUUGACCUUGUUGAUUUUCUCAGUUAUACCAAUCAUUAUAAUCACAAUGAUAAUCUUUGGUAAUAAAAUUGACUUUUGGGCCAAACAAGAAGACGAUUCAAAGGCAAAUGCAAUUUCCCUUCUUGAUUGGAAUUUAUCGUCUUUUAUUUGGGUUAAAAUUAUCCACUCUAAAAACUUGGAAAUUGGGAAAUUCAUUACAAUCUUGGAUAACUCUGAAUUGACUUUUAGAAAAUUCUCCAUUUAUGCAAACCUAGUAUCUUCUAUAAUGAAAACAUUGGCAUUGUUGUUGUUUGUUCAGAGCUUCUGGUUUGGCUCUUAUUUGGUUAGGCAUACUAGGGGAUCUGGAUCAGAUAUCAUUUCGUGCUUUUAUUCUUGUCUAAAGUUGGCAAUGACCAUAAGCAGUCUUUCUAUUAUAGCUGUUAUCUUUCAAAAGGCAAAUACAUCGUUUAAAAAAGUUGUCAAGUUUAUGAUGUCGUUUGAAGAAAUUGAAAAGUUCAAUGCAGAGUUGAUAAUCCCGAAAAGGAAUUUGAAUGGUGAUAUCCAAUUAGAAAAUAUCAGCUUCACUUAUCCUGCAAGUGGGAUGCUCAAUUUGAGAAAUCUCUGCUUAAAAAUUGAACCUUUCAAAACAACCUUUAUUGUCGGCAAAUCCGGCUCAGGUAAGUCAACCAUUGCUUCUCUCAUUCUUAAACUGUACAAUUAUGAUCAUGGUGACAUUUUAGUAGAUGGCUACAAUUUGAAAGAUCUUGAUAAAAGUUGGUUAAGAAACCAAAUUACAUUGGUUGAACAGUUUCCCAAAAUUUUCAACGAUACCUUGAAGAACAACAUCCUUUUGGGUUCCCCAUAUCAGGAUAUCGACUCUUGUGAAGUUAAAGAAGCCAUUGAGUUUUUCAAUUUCAAUGAGGUCCUAAAUUUUCUGCCUGAUUCCUACCAAACUUAUAUUGGCCGCACGAAUGAUCGAAGGAAUAAAUUGGUCCAGCUAAGUGGCGGUCAAGAACAAAAAUUGAACCUAAUAAAGGCAAAACUAAAAGAUUCACCAAUUCUAAUACUUGAUGAAAGUAUCUCAGCUUUAGAUAUUGAACAACGUAAAUUAUUUAUGAAAAAGAUAGCCGAUUGGAGACAGGGUAAAACUACAAUAAUCAUAACUCACGAGUUGGCGCAUAUCAAUAACAAGGAUGCUGUUUAUCUUAUAGACUCUGGAGAAAUUGCUGAGUAUGGUAUGAAACAAGAAUUGGUUGGCCUGGAAGGGAGAUUUGCUAAUCUACAGAACCAUGCCACCUUGCAAGAGCAAAAUGAAGGGGAAAAAAGGGAAAGCAAAUCUUUAUCUAUUGAACUUGAGAAUUUGGAUGAUAGUGAUUUAGAAUCAAGUUUACAGAACUCCCCCUUUGCAAAUACUAAUUCAGAAAAAAAUGAACAACCAUUGAUAAAUAUUAGGGCUCCCAUAUGGAUUGCUUACAAAAUUCUAACUCGAAAUAUACCUCUAAAAUACAAAUUGCUCUAUAUUUUGGGGCUUUUCGUCACCUUAGGAAAUGCGAUUUUGUCUCCUGUUUUCUCAUACUGUUUUGCUAAACUGAUUAAUGGCUUGAUUCCUCAAGCAUCUGGUACAUUGAUUACAACUUAUGACCUCUUAAAAUGGUCGAUGAUUGCAACCUCAGCCGCUUUACUCAUAGGUAUAACUGAUUUGAUUUCUCAAACAAUUUUAGAAUUUGUGGCAGGAAGAUUAUGUAAAAUACUACAAAAACAUUCACUAGCUAAAUUGCUUGAACAAAAUGUUCAAUUUUUUGAAUACCUAGAUUCAAAUGAAGUAUCAACUUUACUUAUGAAUGAUAUGCGUGACUUCCGUAAGAUUUUUUCAUCCAACUUAUCAAGGUUAAUUUCCAGUAUUGCUAUCAGCGUGGUUUGCAUCAUCUGGACUCUCACUAUAGGCUGGAAGUAUGCUCUGGUUGGAUUUAGUUUGUCUCCACUAUUUGCAAUUUUCAGUUACAUUGGAACUAAAGUAAUGCAAAAGACAGAAUUCUCGUACAAAGAGUCGAUUGGAGCUGCCGAAUCGGUGGUUCAUGAGACAAGGGUAAACAUUAAAACCAUUACCUGUAAUAAUCUACAAGCAGAAAUGACAGAUAAAUUCAAUUUGAAAUUGUCAGUCGUUUUGGAUAAUGCAUUGAAAAGAUCCAUAUCAAUAGGAUUUUCUAUUAAUUUUGUUUUUCUUCUUGUUGGUAUAGCACAAUCGAUAAUGCUUUAUUACGGAUUAAAAUUGGUUUCAAUGGAUGGAUACAGCCUAAUCAAAAUGAUGCAAAUUGUGAUGAUGAUCCUCAUGUCUGUUCAAUUUUUGAGUGAGUUAAUGUCAAGUGCCCCAGGCUUAUAUCGAGGGCUACGAGUUGCUUUAAAAAUCAACCAACUUUUAAAUAUCGAAAAUAACUGCAAUUCAGGUUACUUGACGCCAUCUUUUGUUCCGUUUAAAACCAACAGCGCAAUUAGAUUCCAAAAUGUAAAUUUCAAAUACCCUGGAUCAUUUGCUCAAGUCUUAAGAGAUGUUACUUUCACUAUACCUGUGGGUGAGUUCACCUCCAUUGUAGGUGACUCAGGAUCAGGUAAAUCAACGAUAAUUUCUCUCAUUCUGCGUUUACAAGAUGCCCCUCCAGACUCGGUACAUAUUGAUGGUUACGAUAUAACAACAAUAAAGCAAGAUCAUUUGAUGGCUGCCUUUGGUGUUGUUUCACAGAAAGCAUAUUUUAUUAAUGGCACUGUUAGGGAAAAUUUGUUGUAUGGUAAUCCAAGAGCAGAGUCUCUAUUAACUGACACUGAAUUGGUUAGUUUACUCAAUGAUUUGAAGGUUAAUGUAAAUUUGGAUACAGUACUCUGUAACUCCAGCAAUAACAUUAUGGUGUCUGGUGGUCAAGGACAAAGAAUUGCUCUGGCGAGAGCCAUCUUGAGGAAACCUUCAAUAUUGCUGCUUGAUGAGUUCACUGCUUCCUUGGAUGUGUACACCACUAAACAAGUGUUAGAUUAUAUCAAGCGAUUGGGAAUCACAAUCGUUUGUGUAACGCACCAACAAUUGGUUAUGAAUUACUCAGACAAUAUAAUAAGAAUCAAAGAUGGAAAAAUUGUAUAA